AUGUCCAAACCAAAUCAGUUUAAAAUAUUGACGUUUUCUGAAAGUAAAAUGUCUGACACCGAGUUCCUUAAACGGUUUAAUGCUUCGAGUUUUCUUCAUUCGGGCCUCCUUCCAGACCGAAAGAAGUUUACUAUGAAGGCUGUAUUCUUAUUGGUUUGUUUUCCUAUCUUAGUGAUUGUGACAGUUGGUUGCUUUGGGUGUCUGUGUCUCCGAAGACCUGAUUUUCUACCCAGAAUGUUUCGUAGAAAGAACAAGUUCACACCGCCAGUGCUUAAGGCAGCAACUGGGGGGUUUUCCAGGAAGAAUUUGGUGGGAAAGAGCGAGGGUGUUGAUAUCUACAGAGGAGUUCUGAGAGACGGUACUGAAGUGAGGAUUGAGAUCUACUGGGAUGGCAUGUCAAGGGAAAACCGACGGAGAUUUAUUGAAGAAUGCAAAGUUGUUACUCAAUUAUGCCACAAGAACAUAGUACAGGUUUUGGGUUGGUGCAAUAGCAGAAGAAUGAGGGCUAUUGUCACAGAAUGGAUGGAGGGCAAGAAUGUCGAGAUAUGGAUAUCAGAGUCAGCUCCCCCACGGAAUCAAAGGCUAAAAAUAUUGAUGGGAGUAGUGAAUGGCAUGUGCUAUCUGCAGGAAGAAUGGCCUGAAGUUGGGUAUGAUCUCAGGACAAGCAGUGUUUUGUUAUCUGAUGACCUAGAGCCACUGAUUUCAAGGUUUAAGCUUGGAGAUCAAAGCAGUAGUUCAAGGAAGAUUUACGAGUUCGGAUUAUUCCUACUGGAGAUAUUAGUGAACAAGAUACCAAGUGAUCAUGAGUUCCAGAGUGGUGAGAAUGGAUUUAUUGAUCAUGUCAGAAUGCAUUAUCCUAGAAAUUUGAGGAAGGUGAUUGAUGAGAAAAUUAAAAUGACAGAACGCAUAUUUGACCAAGCUGAAAAGGUAAUAGGCCUAGGUUUAAUGUGCACAGAUCAGUCAGGCAGUCAUCAUCAUCUGCAGUUGGAUCAGAUUUCUGAUAUUAUAACUAGAGCCUAUGAAUCCUGGGAUGUUUUGGACUCUCCUGUCCAGAAUAGAUCAUAUGUAGAUAGAGACGAAACGCCAGAAUCCAAGCGUGACAUCUGCCCUGUCCUUCGUCGCAACGGAGCCACCGAAGAAUUCCUUCUCUUCCUGUCAAUCUACCUACCGAUAAAGCUAUCGAUAGUACUACUAAAAAUGUUGUCUGCCCCGGUCGAAUUCUCGCCGAUAAGGUCUGCUGGACUCCCUGCAAGAAAUCUGCUUGUCGCUCAAGUGGGGGUCUCUUCGGCGAUUUCAGACCCGCUUAAGAAUUCAUCGGCAACUGAAAUCUCGCCGGCAUUCUGCUUCCUCUCAAGAUUCAAGCACCCUAAAACUUUUGGCGUUGUAUUUAUUGUCGCGCUUUUAGAGACAAGAAAUGUUCUGCAGCAAUAUGCUCGCCGGGGUAUUGAGGUUCGUUUUCGGCAGCCCAAUUCUUGA